AUGGCGGCAAACAAGAAAGUCCUCAUCGUGCUCUCCGACGCGUCCUCCUUCCCCCUAUACAACACCGGCAGCGAUGGAAAGACCGUAUCGCAAGACUCAGGCUACUUCCUCAUGGAGCUAGCGAAGCCUCUCCAAAAGAUCCUCGACGCCGGCUACGAAGUCACAUUCGCAUCACCAGAGGGCAAAGAACCCACACCAGACCCACUCAGCGUAUCUCUCGCCGCCUUUGCAGGAAACUACUACGAGAAGCAAAGAGAACUCGACUUGAUCGAACGCAUGAAGAAAGAGAACGGCUUUUCGCGACCAAAGAAGUUCUCCGAGAUCAGCGACGAGGAACUGAAGAACUACGGCGGUGUCUUCAUCCCCGGUGGUCACGCUCCUCUGUCAGACUUGGGCGACAACGCGGAUCUCGGUCGCAUACUCACACACUUCCACAAUUUGUCAAAGCCUACUGCGGCCAUCUGCCACGGACCUUGGGCUUUCCUAAGUACCAAGUACGGCCCCAGCAAGAAGUUUGAGUACGCUGGCUACAAGAUGACGAGCUGGUCGGAUGCCGAGGAGAAGUUGAUGGAGACGAUCUUCCGCGGCGAGAUCGACAAGGUUGAGGGCACGCUGAGGAAAGAGGGCGCGGAUAUGCAGGAGGGUGUUGCUAAGUCUAUGGGAAGUAUCACUGUAGAUAGGGAGCUUGUUACCGGCGACAACCCGAUGGCGGCGAAUGCGCUGGGGGACAAGUUCUUGGAGAUGAUGGCGGCAAAGUAA